AGCCAAUAUUGAACACAAAUCGCAGCCAUUUUCAUAGACGACUAUCGAUUACCGAGACAGAGAGAGGGAUUAACUGAACUGAAAUCAUCUAGGAUAAGUCAUACACAGGAUUUUUUUUAAAGAAAAGCUACGUUAACAUCGCGGUGGAUUUAGAAUUCAUGUGUUUCUUGUUUUGUUUGUUUUUCUGAUUUAAAAUAAAAUUGUCGCUUUAAGAAAAUUAUUCAGACCGCGAGUGACUCGCGAGCAUGAAAAUUAAUUGUGUAAACAAAAGGUAACGGUAUUUGUUGAGAAUGGAUUGGAGUGUACGGACAGGUGUUUUACACACCUUACUUCAAAUUUUAUGUUUGAAUUUUGUAAUCAGCUAUGAUAUACAUGUGGAUUUUAAAAGGACUAUACUGUCAGACGCUAUUUUCAACGCAAGUCUAGGAAAUGGUUGGUCAUAUUAUUUUGAUCGUUGGUCGCGUUUGAAAAAUAUUAAUGACGUACUGUCAUUAGAUUCAACUCAAGGAACAGUGAAUAUAAAAAAUAUUGAACAAUGCUGUAAAAAUAUUCAGUCAAAUCCAUUAGAUGUUAAAAUAUUAGCAAAAUCGUACCCCCUUGCAAGUGGUGACAGCUUUAUUUCAAAUUACUCAAUCAUUUCAUUAAGAAUUUAUUUUCACAGCCUUCCAUGUACUGUUUCAUUCCAUUCUUCAGAGAAAACAUAUUCAUCUUCAGCCAAACAUUCUGUUCAGACUGUGAUAUAUAGUGAUAAAUUUGCACACUGGAAUAAAUUAAAGUGCAUGGAAAAAGGAGUAAACGUGUUUUAUUUGAAUAAGCAUGUUCCAAUUUCAAUAAUGCAAAAUCUUUGUGAUGUUGACAUGAAAACCCCAAACUUUCAGUAUCAUUUUGAAAAUUCGUCAUUAUCUACAACGCGAGCUCAAUGCCUGUAUGAGUCAGAUUUAAAAGUGCCAUUGAAAGUUAUUGCAUGUAGUGAUCAAAAACCGACUUCUGUUUAUAUCAGUAUUCAUCCGGUAGAUCCUUCGGUCAACACAUUCAUUGUUGAAAAUAGCCAUAGAGAUCAUUUAAGAUUGAGACGCCAGGCACCAAAUACUGCUCCCUCAUUUGCUAAACCAGAAUACAGAGCUACGAUACCUGAAAAUCAAGAUGCAGGAUAUUCUGUUAUUUUGAUAACUGCGACAGAUCCUGAUCAAGGUGAAAACGGCAAACUCACAUACUCCAUGACAGCGAUCCGUGAUUCACGCAGUAAUGACAUGUUCACAAUAAAUCCUAUUUCUGGGCAGGUAACAACAACAAAGCAACUUGACCGUGAGGAAAUACCACGUCAUGAUUUUCAAGUCACAGCAACUGACAAUAAUGUUAUGUUUAAAAAGUCUGCUGUCACAACAUUGACCAUUACCGUUGAAGAUGAAAAUGAUCACACACCAACAUUUGACAAGGAUCUCUAUAUAGUAGAGAAGUAUGAAAACAUACCUGUGGCCACCACUAUAACUACAGUCAGGGCCAUUGACAGAGAUGAUGGCAAUAAUCGGGAAAUCAGAUAUAGUAUAAUUGUACCAACCAACCCAUCUACCUUUAAAAUUGACCCUACCUCUGGAAGUAUUUCAACGCUGAAAGUACUGGAUAGAGAAGUACAGGCAAAUUACCAAUUAGUUGUUCAAGCUAAAGAUCAGGCUAGUUUUGGGAAACAGCGUUCAUCUUCUACAACCAUUGAAAUUAAAGUUCUUGAUGAAAAUGAUAAUUUUCCUCAAUUUGUUAAUAGCCCAUACACAGUGAACGUGUCUGAAAAUUUAGAUAUUACAAGUCGUCCCGUUAUUGCACAGGUUUCAGCAACUGAUGCAGAUGAAGGAAGGAAUCAGGAAAUAACUUACAGUAUUACCGGCGGGAAUUUAGAUGACACUUUUUACAUUGAUCCAACUACAGGUGAAGUUUCUGUGCAAAAACCCUUAGAUUAUGAAACUAAUAAACAAUUUAAUCUAAAGGUUAAGGCAUCUGACAAUGGGAAAGUUCCAAAACACAACAGUACAAAUGUAUGGAUAAGAAUUGACGAUUUAAAUGAUAAUGCACCGUAUUUCCAAAGUUCAGUUUACACAGGAUCAGCCUUUGAAGGUGAAAGUAUAGGCACAAAAGUCUUGACUGUUCGAGCUUUGGAUGAUGAUGACGGAGUUAAUGGUCAAGUGAGUUAUUCACUUCUUAAUGUUCCGCCAGCUUUUCCUUUCAUGAUUGACCCAGAUUUGGGAGAGAUUAAAGUGAGAUCUACCCUUGACAGAGAAAUACAAGCAUCAUACAAGUUUACAGUUGAGGUUAAAGACAAGGGUCAGCCUCAGCUUUCUGCAACUGUUUCUGUUGAGGUCACUGUAAAUGAUAUCAAUGACAACAGUCCCAUUUUUUCACAGAAAAUAUUUUAUGCCAGCAUUCCAGAGGAUGCACCGAAGAACAUGCAAGUGAUUCGGGUUACGGCCAACGAUGCAGAUACUGGUCAAAAUGCACGUCUCACAUAUGAAAUCAUCAGUGGUGAUAACAAUCAGGUGUUUUCUAUUGAAAGAGAGACUGGCAUGAUAACACUUGGUAAAACUUUAGACUACACAUUACAGAAUAAGUACAUACUCACUGUGCGAUCCUCUGAUUCAGGACCUGGCAAUAGAUUUGAUACAGCAGAGGUGCAUAUUAAUGUUACAGAUAUAAACAAGCAUACACCAGUGUUUAAAGUUACAAAUUAUCAAUUUAACGUUGAUGAAGGAGCUGUAGUGGGUACAUCAGUGGGAAAAGUUCAAGCUAUGGACAAAGAUGUUGGCGAAAAUGGAAGAAUAACAUAUGAAAUAAUAGGAGUGCAGGAGUUCAGUAUUGACCCAGUUACAGGCGAAAUAUCAACACGUGAAGUAUUGAAUCAUGAGCUACAUACAGCAUAUUCUUUUGAGGUACGGGCAAGUGAUCACGGUGACCCAGUUCGUCAAGAUACAGCUAGUGUUAUGGUAAUUGUGAAUGACAAGAAUAAUAAUGUACCCAAAUUUGAUAAACCAGUGUAUGAUGCUACUGUCAGUGAGGCAGCUUUUGACGGACAUCUUGUAACAACAGUACAUGCAACUGAUGCUGACUCGGGAAUUAAUGCCCAAAUAAAUUACAGAUUUUCGGAUAUAGGCACAGGUUAUAGUGACUUUGAAAUUGAUGAUGCAAGUGGAGAUAUCCGUGUGGCAUCAGAUAAUAGAAUUGACAGAGAAAAACGUAAUAAUUACACUCUUGUUGUACUAGCUGUAGACAAAGGUGUAAUUCCACUGACAGGAUCUGUUGAAGUAAGAAUUAAGGUAGAAGAUAUAAAUGACAAUGCUCCGAAGUUUGCUAAGGAUGAAAUUAUAGCUUUGGUACCAGAAAAUCAAAAAAUUGGUUCAACUGUUGCAGUAAUUGAAGCAGAUGAUCCUGAUGAGGGGAUUAAUGCUGAUGUUGAGUACACAUUAGAAGGUGGACUAGAUGCUGAUAAAUUUCUUUUAGCGAACCAACCAGGAGACCCUGCAAUUAUUGUAAAUCGUGUUGAUUUAGAUUAUGAGUCGGAUAAGAAAGAAUAUUACAUUCGGCUGAAAGCAGCGUCUGGGCCUUUGAUUUCUACUGCCCUGAUAAUCAUUAAAGUUCAGGAUGUUAAUGAUAAUGCCCCUGUGUUGAAAGACUUCCGGAUCAUAUUUAAUAACUAUGUGGAUCAUUUCCCAUCUGAACCUAUUGGUAGAGUUCCUGCAUUUGAUCCAGAUGUCACUGAUCAGCCUAAACUCAAGUACGAGUUCUUAAUGGGCAACGAGGCUGGAUUUCUUCAGCUGAACAAAUCUACAGGGGAGAUAAUUCUGGAUUCAAGACUCAACUCAGACGUACCUCGGAAUGGAACCAUUCAAGUUAGAGUCUCUGAUGGUCUGAAUGAGGUACGAGCAACAUGUCGCCUCCAAGUACGUCUAGUAACCAUGGAAAUGUUAGAAAAGAGUGUCACUAUUCGAAUUAACAACAUGACCAGCGAUACCUUCCUGUCACCACUCUUCACGUUCUUCGUGGACGCUCUGGCCACGAUCAUCAACGUGAGUAAGGAAAACAUCUUCCUUAUUAAUGUUCGUAAUGACACGGACGUGAAAGCACAGAUAUUGAAUGUGACGGUUUCUGUCCGUGAGAAGUCAGUUCGCAUAGACAGGCAGAUGGUGGACAUUUUCUACAGUGCAGAGUUUCUGAAAGAACAAAUAUAUCUUCAAAGAACGCUGCUGGCCAAUCUUUCUACUCUCCAGAUUUUACCAUUUGAUGACAAUUUAUGUCUGACUGAAGUGUGUGGAGGUUUUGAGAAAUGCUUGUCAAGACUGAGUUUUGGCGAGGCAGCUCCUUUUAUCUCCUCAGACACAAUGCUGUUCCGGCCCAUAUAUCCAGAUAAUGGUUACAAGUGUGAAUGUCCACAUGGAUUUACCAAUAAUAACAGUUUCUCAUACUGCAGUGUUGAGAUUAAUCUGUGUUACUCUAACCCGUGCAACAGCUCACGAGGCACGUGUCACAGUACAGAGGAAGGCUAUACAUGUAAAUGCAAACCUGGAUUUGCAGGGUCAAGCUGUGAGAUAGACUUAUCAAGCCAGUAUGAUGGUGUCACGUGUCCAGCUAAUGCAUGCCAGCCUCCUUCUGUUUGUUUACCACUAAUCAAUGGAGGUCUCAGGUGUGAUCACUGCCCGGACAACAUUGACUAUAAUGAGUUCUGCCAGCAGACUGCAAGAAGCUUUCCGAAAGGAUCUUUCCUUAUGUAUCCGACCAUCAAGUCUCGAUAUAGGUUCAAUAUUCAACUCAAGUUUGCAACUCAACAUAAGAAUGGUUUGCUGUUUUACAAUGGUAGAUUCAAUGAGCUUCAUGACUUCAUGGCACUGGAGAUUAUUGACGCGCAAGUUCAAUUCUCGUUCUCCACGGGAUCCGACAUCGUGAAAGUCUCCCCGUAUAUACAUGGCGGAGUCCAUGAUGGAAAGUGGCACAAAGUCACCGUGGAUUAUUUAAAUAUGACUGCAACUGUUACAGUGGGGGAAGAUUGUGACACCGAAAUAUCAGUGAAAUAUGGCCGACCUAUCAACUACACGUGUGCUGCACGAGCUUCACAACAAUUCACCAUGAAAAAUUGUUCAAAGCAGGGUAAUCCAUUGAACUGUCCAAAACUGCUGGAUUUGACUGGACCCUUGCAGAUUGGUGGUUUGCCAACAUUACCAUCAAAUUUCCAAGUGAGGAACAAGGAUUAUGUGGGAUGUAUGAGAGAUUUUUAUGUGGAUGGAAAACUUCUUGACUUCAAUAAAUCUGUAGCAAACAAUGGCACUGAACCUGGCUGUAAGGCAAAACAUGAUCAUUGUAAAAGAGCACCCUGUCAACAUGGAGGAACAUGUGUAGAUGGUUGGGAGACGUAUAUUUGUGUUUGUCCUGAUAACUGGGGCGGAAAAGACUGUGGAAAUAUGAUUGAUCCGCCGAGGAAGUUGAACGGAGAUGGUUAUUUAUUCUUUGAUAACAGUAAUCAGCUUAUUCCAAAUGUACAUUUUGGUACAAAAUGGUAUAACGGAAUAUCAUUCCGCACUCGAGCACAGAAUGGAACCCUCAUGUUCAUAUCCGCUGAAGAAGGUGAAACAGUACAUAUUGAGCUUGAUGUUGGAUAUGUGAGUUAUACAUACACAAAUAGGCUUGGAUCUCAGACAUUUGUGUUUGAUUCUAUAAUGGUAAAUGACGGAAACUGGCAUUAUUUUGAGGUCCGCUGGCCAGACAAUGGAGACUUCAUUAUGAUACUAGAUUAUGGACAGAGACAGAUUUUACAUAAGAUUCAGAGUACUCUAGAGCAGAAGAGUGUUAUCAGUGUGUAUGUAGGUGCCCUGAAGGUCGGAGUUGCUGAGGCUGAAAACCAUUUCAUUGGAUGUGUAAAGGACAUGAAUGUUGGUAACAAGGAGAAUUCGGUGUUACAACGACCUAUAAUCUCUAAUGCCCAGAAGGGAUGUGCUUCAGGUGAUGCUUGUAAAAGUAAUCCAUGUACCGCACGUGCAACAUGUGUCAAUGAAUGGGAGGGAUAUACUUGCAAAUGUCCAAAUGGCACUCUAGGACCAAACUGUGACAACAUCUGCACAAAUUACAACCCAUGUCAGAACGAGGCUAACUGUAGACAUCCAUACGGUGGUAGCUAUGAGUGCGAGUGUGGUCAGCUACAGUCUGGUAAAUACUGUCAGAUUACAUCUCCCCGUUCAUGUCCACAGAACUGGUGGGGAAAUCCAGUGUGCGGGCCGUGCCCGGAAAAUUGUACCAGUCAGAAUGGGUUCAAUCCCAGCUGUGACAAGACUACUGGAAAGUGCUCUUGUAGGGAUAAUUAUUACAAGCCACAAGGGAGUUACGUUUGUCUGCCAUGUAAAUGCUAUGGUCAUGGAUCCAAGGGUUACCAGUGUGACCCAGUGACCGGUCAGUGUCCGUGUAUAGAGGGCGUUACUGGUCGUAGAUGUAACCAGUGUCCGAGCAAGUACGCUGAGAUUCGUCAAGAUGAGGAAACAAAGAAAUAUGGAUGUAGAGUUGACUACGCAGCAUGUCCAAGGAUUUACUCACAUGGUAUGUGGUGGGAUACUGAGAUUGCCAAUGUCAUGAUCACACAGCAAUGUCCCGAUGAUGCGUUCGGAAGUGCCACCCGUAAUUGUAGCGCCAACGGUCUGUGGCAGAAACCAGACUUCUUUAACUGUACCAGUAAACUCUUCAGUGACCAUUUAGUUCAGAUAGAGAAGAUUGAAUCUGGCAGUCUUAAGAUCAACACAUUUGUUGCGAAGACGUUGCUGGCAUCGUUAGCCGACACUACGUCACAAAUGGAGACCAUGUACGGCAAUGACAUCAAUAUAACCGUCAGAAUAAUGAAUAAAAUCCUCGAAUAUGAGAACCAGCAGUCUGGACUGUAUCUGACCAGUGAACAGGACAGCCACUACCUAUCUAAUGUUUUGACUGUACUCAGUGACAUUUUACAAAUUAAGAAUGCUGGUGAGUGGUCAAGGUUGAAUCAUCAAGGAGUUGGAGCAGCGCAGUUACUUUCCAAACUUGAGACGUAUCUUUCUACGUUAUUAUCUGCCCUUGAGUUGACUACAACAGAAUCAUCACGGCCAUAUAACGUUGUCACAGAUAAUAUAGUGUUAAGUGUGGACUUUAUCAACAAAAGUAAUUUCUCUGGUCGCAGUAUACCAAAGUUUAAUAAUAUAGUGAAGACAAGUAUGUUUGACGAGGACACAAAUAUCUAUCUACCAAAAUCUACUAUCUCUGAACCUCCACUUAAAGAUUACCUUGGACCUGAUCUGCUGACGACGCCAAAGGCAUAUGUCGGUUAUAUAAUGUAUAAACAACUGGGCGACUUACUACCAAAGCUCUACUCGGAUAAUGUCAGAGUUUUGUCAGGUCGUCCGAUGUCUGUGAACAGUCCAGUGUUUACAAUAUUAGUGAAAGAUAAUGGGAAGAUAGUGAAUGGUUCCCUCGAUGACCCAGUAGUUAUCACAUUUAAACAACUACAGACUGGGAACCGGACUAGUCCACAAUGUGUUUCAUGGCAGUAUGACUCCUCAGGGGCUGGUAGAUGGUCAACAAAGGGAUGUGUACAGACUGACAGAUACACACUAGAUACACAUAUGUAUGUUAAAUGUUCCUGUAGUCACAUGACCAGCUUUGCUGUCCUUAUGGAUAUUUCUGACCAAGAGUAUGUACCGGCGGAGCCAAUAGCUGUAGAGAUAGUGACCUAUAUCGGACUGGUUAUUAGUAUGGGAUGUUUGGUGGCAUGUUUUUUCCUGUUGUUUUGUCUGAAGAGAGUCCAGUGUAACACCAACAGUAUACACAUUAACCUGAUAUUUGUUAUCUUUAUAACAUUGUUAUCUUUCAUCCUGGGCAUCAACAAAACUGAGGAUCAGUUCAAAUGCCGUUUGGUUGCCAUAGCGUUGCACUAUUUCUUCAUGACUGGGUUUUCCUGGUUAUUUGUGGAUGUUUUACACAUGUAUAGAAUGUUGACUGAGAUUAGAAACAUAGAUGUUGGUUCAAUGAAGUUUUAUUACCUUAUUGCCUAUGUGAUACCAGGUAUCGUUGUCAGUCUAGCUGUUGGCCUAAACACCGAGGGAUACGGCAAUAAAAACUUUUGCUGGUUAAUGAUGUCUGACAAGUUUAUAUGGAGUUUUGCUGGACCUAUAUCAGUGUCUGUGAUUAUAAAUAUAUUUGUACUGGUGUUGGCCAUGAAGGCAUCUUGUAUGGAGAAGAUUGGUGUGUCCGAUACUGCACCUCUUAGGAUUGGAUUGUUUGCCAACAUUAUAAUAUUACUAAUAUGGGGUAUAACGUGGGUAUCCGGACUCUUGUCUGUGAAUUACAACUAUCAGGUUCUACAUGUCAUCUUCUCCUUACUGUGUCUUGCCCUCGGAGUGUUCAUCUUUAUCAUGUACAUCAUCGUCAACUCUAAGGUGAGACAUGAGUUGAAGAAGUUGUGGUAUAGAUUACGAGGACAGAAACUUGACCUUGAUGAUAAUAUUGGUGGAACUAGGAGCUCCCUUUAUAGUAGGUCAGCAUUGGCGUACAGAAAUGACUCGUGUGACGGAGGACUAGCGAGAAUCAAUGUCGGGAUAUCAACAACGUCAACAACAAGUAGAUCUACCAGCAAGAGUAGCGGUGGUCUAUACAAGGGAGAGGAUUAUCUACGCAGCACGAGUACAUCUACAUCGGGAAAUAUGCCGCCAGUAAAAUACCCACGUACAGAUGGUCUUCCGCCACCUUAUGGAUAUGACCCUGAAAACCCUGAUGACCCAGAUUCUAUGCAGAUACAUCCUAAGAGGGAGAACAAUGAUUCCGAUUCGGACAGUGAGAUGUCGGAGCGAGUUAGUCUUGAUCUCGCGUCAAGUCACUCCUCUGAUGAAGAAGAUGAUAUAGACGUACAGAUGGACUGGGAAAGUCAGAUCCCCAAAAAUAAGAAAAUAGAUUGCCAAGAAUUACUCUUUCAUAUGAACAAGUUAAUUCCAAAAGAAGAAGCCAAAGAGCAAAUGAGGAAAAAGAAGGAAGAAUUUCUGCAGCAACAGCAGCAACAACAACAACAACAGCCAUCCCCGAUGGCCCCUUCAAGUCAACAUCAGUAUCAUAAUCCAUUUGACCAACAUAUAUAUGCUGGACCACCAUCACCGAAGUAUUCACCUAAACCUUUACAUGCUCCGGGACACUGGCCAGGUGAUCCACAGUUGUCUGGUUACACCGGUAGUGACUCCGAGUAUCGAACAUCUGACCAUCCUACGUUGUCAAGUACUCAACCAGAUGUCACUUUACAAACACCAGAAUAUAAAGGCAGGGAAUUUAAGAUAGCCACACCUAGACGGACAAACAGUAUCAUGAACGAAUCCAUGAGUAGCUCUGGAAAUUCUCACACACCCAUGGGUUCCCCACAGGUGGUGCGAGCCCCACAGGAGGCCCCUCGAAGUCCCGUACAAAAAUAUAACAGCCCCCUACAUAGUCCAAGAGAUCUAAGCCCAACAGAUCUUAGUCCAAGAGAUCGUAUGAAGGUCAAAGUGCUCACACAUAGAGGUAGUGUGUCCUCAGACUCAGAAUGCAGUCAUGAAACAUGUGUUUGAUGAUAACCCACCCACCUUGUGAUAUUUACUAUAAGGGUUUUAAGGAAAACUGCUCAUGAAAUUCUGUUUGCUAAACUGUGCAAAUCUUGGUGAAAAUUGGUGCAUUUGAUUAUAAAUUGUGCUGCCAUUUGUAACUGUUUCAAUAAAUGGCAUUUAAUGGGCGUGACUGAUAUAGCAGGGGAAGUAAUCCAGUAUUUUAAGAGUCUGACUAGAAUUGUUUCCCUUUGGCAUGUGGUUUAAAUGUUGACCCAAUUGACUUAAUUCAUCAGUGCUACAUAAGCAUUGUUUGGGACCUAUAUUUAGCGCAUGGAGGUGCAGUGAAAUUGCGGACCAUUUUUGUGAUACUGUUUGAUUUAUAUAUAUUGCCAACUAGACUGCAAUGUUUGGACAUUUACUGAAAACUUAGGUUGUAUAUUUCUGUGAUGGGGGAAAAAGUGUAUACAUCAUUAGAUGCAUAAAAUUAUGAGUAAUUCAUGUGAAAUAUAUAUGAAAUAUAUGUGAUCAAGAAUAGAAAAACAUCUGAAGAACAGGAUUAUGCAAUCAGUGGAAGUAGACAGAUUGUGUAAUGUAAGUUCAGAGUGUGUGUGUGUACACAUUAUUUUUUUAGGCAUAUUUAGGAUUGCCUUACACAGCAUAUUUUUGUGUAUUUAAUUAAAGUAAUUCAGGUUGUGAAGUGUUGUUGAUAUAUCUAUUCUAUUACAUAGAAUGUCAAGAAAGUCCCACCUUUAUGAAAUCCAGAAUUUUUUUGUUUUUACUUUUUUGAGAGAGGAAGAACAAAUCAGCUUUGAUAAUUAUUGUGGAAAAAAAUGAAAUUUGAGCUCAUAGAAAAGUGAAGACUUCUAGUAAAAAAGAGCUUGAUUAAAUAUGAAUUGGAGCUAAAGUAAAGAUAGAUGUGUGAUUUGAGUUCAUAUAACUUAAACUCUUAGAUUUGUGAUUAGAUGGCCUACAUUGUGAAAAAUUGUGUGAAUGUUAGCUCCUAGAAUAGUGAAGAAAUGAGAGUCUUUGAUUUUACAGAAUUUUGAAUAGAUAUGUGAAUUUGAGCUCAAAUAUCCGUCAUGCCAGAUGAACAUUUGAACAAUUUACUCGGUGAUUUUUGGUAAACCAAAGAGCAUAAUAAUGGUUUUUUAUACAAAAUUUAUUUUACAUGAUUUGGCUUUAAAGGAGUUGCAUAUUUUAUUCCAUUUUUCAUUCAUGGUUGAAAAAAUCAUUAUUCAUAAGUUUGUUCAUAAGGAAACAAAUCUUAAAAAGUAACUAUACAUAGUAAAGAAUCGCUAACAUCUUUCCCUCUUGCAGUUUUAUGUAUAUUUAAACUUGGCUAUUAUUUAUGUAUGUGUAGUUGUAUUAAAAUAAUUUGAUCUCAGUUUUGUAAGUUUAUUGUUUCCUUGAAGAUUUUUCAUUUAUUAAGUUAGUAAAAGGAGAAAUGUUAAAGAACAUGCUCACAGUAAGAAGUGUAAGAACAUGUUAAAGUAAAGAAUGUGAGAACAUGUUAAAAUAAGAGUCAUGUUAAUAGUAAGGAGUGUGAAAACAUGUUUAAGUAAAAUCUGUGAGGACAUGUUAAAGUAAGAAGUGAGGAAACAUGUUAAAGUAAGGAGUGUGAAAACAUGUUGAAGUAAAAAGUGUGAAAACAUGUUGAAGUAAAAAAAAGUGUGAAAACAUGUUAAAGUAAGAAGUAUGACAACAUGUUGUACAUGUUAAAGUACAUUCCUUUUAUUUUGUGUUUGUGCCAUAAUACAUUUUGUUUAGUAAACUGUUUGAACACAUUUCAAUUUCAUUUUUAUCAAUGAAAAUUUCUUAUAAAAAUCAUCAGUUUGGUUUGGAAAUUAUAAAUUUGUUUGAACUACUUGUUGCAAAACUGACAUUUCUCCCUUAUUUUAUGCAGAUUUUAAAUGAUUAAGAAAAAGUCUCUUAAUUUAAAAGUAACUUUAUUUAUUCGUAUGGAAAUAACAACUUUAUCAGGUAUAAAACAAGAAUUUAAUCUAUACUGAUAUAAGGUGAUAAUUUGACAAAAAUUGAACAUAGUGCAAGCUUUUGAAUGUAGACAAUGUUUUUUUGUUGUUUUUUUUCAGGCAGGAUAAACUGUUUCAAUGUAUGUCAUGUUUAUUUUCAUGAAAUUUUGCAAUGUAUAAAUUUCCUUGUUCAAAAUCAUGACAUUUUAUAAUGACAUUGUGUUCUUAUGACAUUCACCAUUUUCCUGUAUAAAUAAUUCAAUAUAUUUACUUGCUUUGUUAGCAUUUAAAUGCAUUUUUGUUUUGUAAAUAAUUCUGUGAAUUGUACCUAUAGAUGUAUUUAUUUAUAUGUUGAUUUUUUAUGAAAUAUUCCACCAAGCUUGUUUAAUGUGACGUAAAUGAAACCUUUUGUAAAAUAAAAUGUUCCUAAAACAGGAAAUAAAACUAAUUCUACAAAUGAUAAAA